GAGCCACCUGUUAUCGCGCCCCCGCCUCCUGGUGUGCUCCUCCUCACCAUCACCAUCAGUGGCGGUCGGUGUCGCGUGCGGCGUGCACGCACCGCGGACACGCACGGCUAGAUAAUAAAAAUCAAUCGCAGGAUGAUUACGAAAAAUAUGUGGAGACUGGGUCUUCUUGUCAGAGGAUGUCAAUAUUGUGCCACUUUGUUAAGAAUAACAUCACAACGUUCGACAAGUCUUGUCAGAAGUUGUACAACAAGUGUCAAUAUAAGAUACGUUAAGAACACUCGUCGACGAUGGCGAAUGAUUGUCCCUGGAAUUGGAUUAUCGCUACUUGCAGCAACACAAUGGGAUUAUUUACACAAACAUGGAUAUUCCAUCGACAUACACGAUAGGCCAGAAUUAUUAAACGAUGUUAUGGUUACAUGUUACUGCUGCCUGCCAUUGAGAACAACCAGUAGGAUAUGGGGUUGGUUGACAAGCAUCGAGUUGCCAGUUGCUUUAAGACCAAAGCUCUAUGGAUUUUAUGCGAACAUGUUUCAUGCUGAUCUAGAUGAGAUAGAAUCAGAUUUGUCUGCAUUUCCAAACCUAGUGGAAUUUUUUGUAAGGGCUCUUAAGCACAAUGCGAGACCAAUUGCUGCGAAUACAAACAUGAUUUCACCCGCAGAUGGUAAAGUCCUUUACUUUGGACCAGUAACUUCUUGCCGUGUGGAGCAAGUGAAAGGAGUAACGUAUGACCUCAGACAGUUUUUAGGUGAUUUAAACAAUUCCACAUCGAAUAGAAUCGCGGACGAUUAUGUUGAUUCACUUUUGAAGAAUCCAGAUAAUAGAUUGUAUCAAUUAAUCAUUUACUUGGCGCCCGGUGAUUAUCAUCGAUUUCACAGUCCCACUGAUUGGAAUAUAAAACUUCGACGGCAUUUUCCAGGAAAAUUAUUGAGCGUCAAUCCGAAGCUGCUAAAGUUUAUGCCAAAUCUGUUCUCGCUGAACGAGCGCGUCGUAUAUAUCGGGGAAUGGACGGGCGGAUUCAUGGCCUAUACAGCUAUUGGUGCGACUAACGUGGGCUCCAUAAGAGUUUAUUGCGAUAAAAAUUUGGCGACCAAUACAGUGCAAUGGCCGGAAAUUGCGCAUCCGAAAGAGGCGAGCUUAGAUUAUAUGCGUAUAGAUAAAGGCGAACUGUUUGGCGAAUUUAGACUCGGGUCCACGAUCGUGCUUCUAUUCGAGGCACCGCGAGACUUUCGAUUCUGCCUGCAAGUCGGCCAGACUAUUAAAGUCGGUCAGGCGUUGAGCGCGCAUAUUAACGAGCCCGAGGAAAGACAAAUCGAACGACGACACUUAAUUAUGGAUGUCGCCCAGGAUUGGAGACAUUUAUGGAAGCCUAAAAUUUAAAGAGCGAAUGAUAAAGUAGAAGCCGAUUUUAAUUCUACAGAGAAAUUAGAUACGUACCUGCGCGUCGUACGCUCGCAAUUUUUUGCGCGAAGCCGUAGGCGGUUGUAGGCGGAAAGAGAAGAAUAGCUUAAUGAAAGAUCUAGAAAUUCGGAGUCUCUCGGAGUAAGUAUCGAUCUUGUAAUUACUUUUGUACAUAGCCACGUUCGUGCGCGGAAAAUAAUUAUAUCUCACACGAUUUAUCUAAAAUUACAUGUAAAUUAUAUCUUACGCGAGAGUACAUUCGUUCGUUACUUUAAUUACGCAAACAUCACGCGAAAGAUGUGAUUUUUAAUAGGUUUGACACAAUUAUUUGUACUUAUUGCAUAUACAUGUCUCAUAGAGCCUGUAUAGAUACACGUUAAUUACGUAACGCGUUGUAAUUAUAAUAAUUAUAAUUGAAAACUGUACGAAACUACUCUCGUCGCGUGAAAAUAUAUUUCUCUCUCCUCUUUGUGCGUCAUUACUAAUAGAGGUCGGAUAGUAAAUUGUUUUACUUGCAUGCCAAAUCGAUCUUCGUUCACAGUUAAGUCGACCGGGUCAAGGCCAUUAGAUGAAAUACUUGCCUCAAUUAAAGCUCUAGCUCCUUUUUUUAAACUAAAAAGUAACAAACACACAUCGUAAGUCUAUGAGCGCACGAAACGUCGAUCUGGCUAACCCAUGCGAGAGCAUUUUUACCGAUUCUCUUUACCGUUAAUAUUAAUAUGUUAUUUCUAAAAAAUUUAUAUAUUUAUAUAAAUAGAUCAAAAUAUCGUUUGUGCUUGCACGGUAAGUGCUCGUGCAACAUAACUCUGCACUCUAUAAACUAGAAUAAAUCAAAAUAUGAUUGUUUAAUCAUAGAGAGAGAAGCAGAUAUAUUUUAUGGUGUAAACAAAUGUAUAGAAUAAUAACAAAAUUUAUUUCAG